AUGCAGACCGAUAGAAAGCCAGAUGUUUACAUUAUGAAAGUGGUUACGUUUGGAGACAAGCCAGCGCCAGCUAUGGCCCAGCUGGCAUUGAGAAUGACAGCGGAAGCAGCAGAAGCUACACAUCCGAAAGCAGCACAAGUGUUGAAGGAGAGUGUCUACAUGGACGACAUUUGUGACUCAGUUAGAGAAGCGAGUGAAGCAGAGCAGCUUACAAGUGAAAUUGACCAGGUACUUCAGGAAGGUGGCUUCAAAGUCAAAGGCUGGACCAGCAAUGAAGCAUUGAAAGGAGAAAGUAAAAAGGAAGGGGAAACCAGAAUCCUUGAAGCUGCCCUGGAAGACAAAGUGCUGGGAAUAGCAUGGGAUAACCAACAAGACAUGUUCUUCUACAAAGUAAAGGAGACAGUUCCCAGUUCUCCUAAUGAUGGGAAAAAUGAAGAGAGUCUGCUUACCAAGAGAAAGGUCCUGAGCAGAAUUGCACGAAUAUUCGAUCCAAUAGGCUUUGCCGCUCCCGUACUAGUUCGUGCAAAAAUUGGAAUGCAGCAGCUGUGGCAGAGAGGAUACGAUUGGGAUGAACUGUUACCUUCCGAUCAACAGAAGUGGUGGGUGACAUUCUUGAAAGAGAUGCAGGACUUAAAUAACGUCAAAUACGAGAGAUGUCUUACUCCACCGAUGGCUAUCGGUCAACCCACACUAUGCAUAUUUGCGGAUGCGUCUGAGGUAGCAUUUGGAGUCUGCGUAUAUUUGCAGUGGAAACUAGAAGAUGGUAAAUAUGCUGUUAGAUUUGUACUAGCCAAAUCUCGAGUCGCUCCUCUGAAGAAGAUUACUGUACCUAGACUAGAGCUUCAGGCGGCAGUGAUGGCUGCAAGAGUCUACACAACUGUCAUGAAAGAACUGAGGCUGCAGCCUGAGAGUGUCAUCUUCAUGACUGAUAGCAUGAUCGCGCUAUCUUGGAUUCGAAGUGAAGGUAGGAGAUUCAAGCCAUUCGUUGCAGCAAGGAUUGGUGAAAUCCAAAGCCAUACCAACCCUGCACAGUGGAAGUAUGUCCCAGGAGAGCUUAACCCAGCUGAUGACGUCUCUAGAGGUCUGCCAGUAAAGAAGCUCUCAGAAAGAUGGAAGCAAGGACCUGCGUUCCUGUACAGACCUAAAGAGGAAUGGCCGUCAGAAAAGGCUGUUCCAGACACAGAAACAGAGGUUGAAUCAGAACGACGCAAGAUCAAUCACAUCUCAGCCAAACAAAAUGAUGUGAUAGAUGUCAAGAAAUUCUCAAGCUGGAGAAAACUAAUCCGAGUGACAGCCUAUGUCUUGAAGUUCGUCGAGAAACUGAAAGCUGCACGUUGGAUAAGGUCUGAUGACAAUGUCGAUCCUGAUGAAAGAUGCUUAUCGACAGCCCAGUUGCAGAAAGCUGAACGCUUUUUGAUUAAGGAAGCCCAGAGUACCUUGCAUCAACGGGUAAAGAAUGGAGACUUCAAGACACUAAGCCCGUUUGUAGACAAAGGAGGGAAUUAUCAGAGUCGGUGGACGGCUAGACAAGGCUCAGAUAUCUUAUGA